AUGGCUUCUUCGGCUCCAGUUGACGUUGAUGGAGCGCUCGCUGGCAGAAAGGCAGGAUGGUUCAACGACAAGGGUAUAAUGAAGGUUAACCUUAUUCUCUUCCUCACUAUCCUUUCAGGCUAUGCCAACGGGUAUGAUGGUUCGAUGAUGAAUGGAUUACAAAGUUUAGAUGAAUGGAAGGAUUACUUCAAUCAACCUACCGCCAGCACUCUUGCACUAUUGAAUGCCAUCCAACAUGUCGGUCAAUUGAUUGCAUUGCCGUUCUGCGCCUAUUCUUGUGAUCGAUUCGGCAGACGUCUCACACUCAUCGUCUCCGCUGGCGUGCUUCUCAUUGGCGUUGCCCUCCAAGCAGCUGCUCAAAACAUUGGAAUGUUCGUUUUCGCUCGUGCCCUUAUCGGUUUUGCAAUUGCUUUCAACUUCACUGCUGCACCACUUCUCAUCAUGGAACUUGCAUUUCCAACCCAGAAGUCUGCACUCGUCGGAUUCUUCAAUGCCCAAUGGAACUCUGGUGCGAUCGUCGCCGCAUGGACAACGUAUGGAACCUUCCGAAUCCAGAGUUCAUGGGCAUGGAGGAUUCCCUCUGCCCUUCAGGCUUUAUCAAGCGUGAUCCAAAUCCUCGGAUAUUUCACGAUUGUCGAAUCUCCACGUUGGCUCAUCUCCAAAGAUCGCGAUGAUGAAGCUCGUAAGAUCAUAACAAAGUAUCAUGCAAAUGGCAAUCCCAACGAUCCACUCGUCAGUGUAGAGAUGAACGAGAUCCGGGAAGCGCUUCGAAUUGACAACGAUGUUGCGAAGAAUACCUCUUUCUUGUCUUUCCUUCACUCUAAGGGAAAUCGACUUCGAUUAGUGAUUCUCGUGGUUGUGGGAUUUUUCUCCCAAUGGAGUGGGAACGGUCUGAUUUCUUACUACUUAACAUUGAUUCUGGAUUCCAUCGGAUAUAAAGCUGAAAGCACGCAAACUCUUAUAAAUGCCGUACUUGCUCUCUGGUCUUUGUUCUCCACUGCCUUUGUUGCGUUUUUCAUGGUUGAUAGAUUCCCUCGACGAACACUAUUCCUCGUAUCUACUACUGGAAUGUUGAUCUCUUUCGUUGUCUGGACUGCCCUCGAAGCUUCAUACGAAAAGCAAGUUGACGCUGGCGGAGUCGUGAAUACUGGAUACGCGAAAGGAGUUCUCGCAAUGAUCGUUCUGUAUAAUACAUCAUUCAACAUUGGAUGGACACCACUGCAAGUCACUUAUGUCUGCGAGAUCUUGCCUUACAACCUCAGAGCAAGAGGUCUUGUUUUGUACAGCUUCGCGGUCGCGCUGGCACUGAUCUUCAACCAAUACGUCAAUCCGAUUGCUUUGGCCAAACUUAAGUGGCAUUAUUACAUUGUGUACGACGUGUGGUUGCUGGUCGAGUUGGUUGUCGUUUACUUCCUCUUCAUCGAAACCAGCGGCUCUUCACUCGAAGAGAUCUCUCUCUUAAUCGAUGGCCCAGAACUCAAAGCAAAGAUGGUUGAUAAUGUUGCUCAAGCAACGGCAAUUAACUUCCCAGAGGAAAAGCAAGCUGGCAUGGGAAUUGAACACAAGGAGAUGAGGGAGGCAGCUGACAGAGAGGUAGCAUAG